GCCCACCAUUAUCGGUCACGUGACUGGCCGUCGCCCAGGUUGUCUGGAAAGCAUCCUGGUGUUAGCAGUUUACUACCUGUGGACGGAACAAAAUCAAGUAAGGCGUACUUUCCCCUCGCAAUGGAUGAAUUAUGUAGCUAAUAACUAGGAGGAGAGGACAGGGAGCUACUGUUGCGGUGUUUUCCGACACUGGCUGACUGCUCGUACCCGAAGAGGCCAGCUGAAAGGGGCUAGCAAACACUUAGCGCUUAGCUAGUCGUUCAAACUUUGACGGACGGCUAGCUGCUAAAGCUGGUUUACGUCUGUGCAGCCGCCACAGCAUCUGGGUAGGAGACGGUUCUUGUUGUCGUGGCUGUCAUGCCGAGUAAAAUAGCCGGAGACGGCACCACUCUAAGCGGGCCGUCAAUUUAAAAGUAAGGUCGGCGUCGUUGCAAAGUAACUAUUAGCUGCCUCCCCGAAUAAUGACGGCUAAUGCUAACACCAGCGCGUUAAAUUGUUAAACUGACACAUCCAAUGACAGAAAUUGAAAGCGGCACUGUUGUUUCCUCUAAAUGUUGGCGGGGAUUAGGCGGCCGUUACAGCACUACGAACCGCAGAAGCAACACGUCCUUGUUUUUUGUUUUUGUUUUUUUGAUUGAUUUCGGCCAAUCACAUGAGUAGAAAACAAUGCGAAACACCAGGAUGUCAGAUGCGUGGGGAUUAACGUUAACGCAGCAGCAGUGCCUCGAAAACACAGCUGUCCUGUCAUUUCGCUAAUCCCUGCGUUCCUCGCAAUGCAGCCACAAUAGACCUCUUUACUUGCUGAGCCUGUAGCGCAGUCCGACUGUAAGCAUCGUAGUCCAUCAAAUCAGUCCACACAGGCUUCCCCCCCCCUCCUUUAAAAUAAUGUCUGGAGACACAUCUGACAGCAGUGAUGACUCCGAUGGGAAAUCUAACGAGAAGGCAUGCACUGUCGAGCACCAGAUCACCAAUGCCAACCUUACAGGUCACACUGAAAGGGUUGGCAUGGAGAACUUUGAGCUGCUCAAGGUUUUGGGCACUGGAGCUUACGGAAAAGUGUUUCUGGUGAGGAAGAACACCGGCCACGAUGAGGGCCAGCUGUAUGCUAUGAAGGUUUUAAAGAAAGCCGCGAUCGUUCAGAAAGCGAAGACGACAGAACACACUCGCACUGAGAGGCAGGUGCUGGAGCACAUUCGCCAGUCUCCCUUCCUGGUCACGCUUCACUAUGCCUUUCAAACUCAGAGCAAGCUGCACCUCAUCCUAGACUAUGUGAGCGGCGGAGAAAUGUUUACUCAUCUUUACCAGCGAGAUCACUUCUCCGAGGAAGCAGUGCGGAUUUAUAUCGGAGAAAUAAUUCUUGCUCUGGAGCACCUGCACAAGCUUGGGAUCGUGUACCGAGACAUCAAAUUGGAAAACAUUCUUCUAGACAGCGAAGGCCACGUGGUGUUGACAGAUUUCGGGCUCAGCAAAGAGUUUCUGGAGGAAGACAAAGGAAGAACUUACUCCUUCUGCGGCACCAUCGAAUACAUGGCUCCAGAAAUCAUCAGGGGGAAGGCUGGCCAUGGCAAGUCAGUAGAUUGGUGGAGUCUGGGGAUCCUGAUGUUCGAGCUGCUCACAGGAGCUUCUCCUUUUACCUUGGAGGGAGAAAGGAACUCUCAGAGCGAGGUGUCAAAACGUAUCCUGCGCUGCGAUCCACCGUUCCCCUCUAUGAUCGGACCUGUUGCUAAGGACCUGCUGAGGAAGCUGUUGGUGAAAGAUCCACACAAGAGACUCGGCUCUGGACCCCGAGGAGCCGAGGACAUCAAAGCUCAUGCCUUCUUCAAGGGCCUGAACUGGUCUGACCUAGCGCAGAAGAAGGUGUCGAGUCCAUUCAAACCAGAGCUGAAAAAUGAACUCGAUGUGGGCAACUUUGCUGAGGAGUUCACUGGAAUGGACCCCGUCUACUCCCCGGCGAGUACGCCUCCCAGCACAGACCGCCUGUUCCAGGGCUACUCAUUUAUCGCUCCUUCCAUUUUGUUCAAUAAGAACGCAGUCAUGGGAGACUUUGUGGAAAGUCAGAUUGGAUCCGAGCGCCCGGCCUCUGCUUCUGUUCAGCAAAGUGCAAUGUUAAAGGAAUCCCAGUUCUUUCAGCACUACGAGUUGGACCUUCAUGGGCCUCCACUCGGUGAGGGGAGUUUUUCUGUGUGCAGGAAAUGCAGACACAAGCUGAACGGCCACGAGUACGCCGUUAAGAUCGUCAGCCGCAGAAUGGAGGUUAAUACUCAGAGGGAGAUUGCUGCCCUGAGGCAGUGCGAAGCUCAUCCCAACAUCGUCAAGCUGUAUGAUGUCUACACUGAUCAGUAUCACACGUAUUUGGUAAUGGAGCUUCUAAAAGGUGGGGAGUUACUGGAUCGGAUCAAGAAGAAGAAGCUGUUUGGUGAGGCCGAAGCCAGUCAGAUGCUCCAGAGCCUGGUGUCAGCUGUAGGCUUCAUGCACGAGGCUGGCGUGGUGCACAGAGACCUUAAACCUGAGAACGUGCUGUUUACCGACGAGGGCAAGGACUCUGUGCUGAAAGUCAUAGACUUCGGGUUCGCCCGCCUGUGCCCUGCAGGCAGCGCUCCUCUGCAGACGCCCUGCUUCACGCUGCAGUACGCCGCCCCGGAGCUUUUUGAGAGCGCGGGAUACGACAAGUCCUGCGACCUCUGGAGUCUUGGGGUCAUCUUGUACACCAUGCUGUCAGGCCAGGUGCCGUUUCAGAGCGAGCAGUGUGGGAUGACCUCGUCGUACGCUGCAGACAUCAUGCAGAAAAUAAAAGAGGGCGAUUUCUCGUUGGAGGGGGAGGCGUGGAAGGGCGUUUCAGAGGAUGCUAAAGAGCUUGUUAAAGGACUUCUGACCGUGGAUCCAGAGAGCCGUCUGAAACUCUCCGAUCUGAUGGAGAACAGCUGGCUGCAAGGCGGAGCUUCCAUGUCCACCACUCCUCUCUGCACUCCAGAUGUGUUAGAGUCCAGUGGGCCAACAGUCCGCACCUAUGUCAACGCUACGUACAAGGCGUUCAACCGCUGCAAGAGAGAGGGCUUUUUCCUGAAAAGCGUCGACAACGCGCCCCUCGCAAAACGGCGCAAGCUCAAGAUGACGAGCACAGGCGUGGAGACCCGCUGGAGUUCCUCCUCCUCCUCCUCCUCUUCUUCCACCUCCUCCUCGGCAUCCAAAGAACAGCACAAGCAGACUGUGACCCCGAAGCACAGCAAGCCAAAAUGAGACGGCGAGAGCAGCCCUGAAGAAUCAAAGGUGUGUCCUGAUAUGGAGGACACCUUGUCCUCCGGUGGGUCAGCUCUGAAACGGACUGAAACACCUAUGCGGGCACAACGAAAGUUUUUAACGCAAAAUAUCUUCAUUCCUUCUGCCGCACUCUACUCAAACCAAACGUGUAUUUUCUUGAAAAGAGAAGGUGUGCCCACAAAGAUUGGAAUUCCUGUUCAGUAUUUUUUUCUCGGCACAAUCGGUUUAUCGUCACUGUGGCUAGAGAACGGCGCCUGGUUGGAGAAAUGGAGGAAAGGGAAAAACGAGCCAUUAAUGAGCAGAAGCCAUAAAUCCAGCAAAAACAGCAAACCUCUGAAUGCGAAGGCACACUGCAAGCAAACAGGCCUUUUUUUUUAAAUUCAUAAUUGAACUGUAAUAUGUAAUAAUUUAAAGCAGUCAGAGAUGGAGAGAGUUAGGUCAAAGUAUCAAUCCCUACCCUUCAAGUACUCCUCCACAUGAUGGCGCUCUGCUCAAAACAAAUGGAAUAAAGUUUCGACUUUAUGGCUUAAGUUUGAGGCUAAAUUUGAGCCGUUUGCACUAUCAGCAGAGAAUGUAAAACGAUCAACUUAUCAGAAAGAAAGGAAAUGGCUGCAGGGACUGAGCACAGAGGGAUUUAUAUUUUUGAUGUUUAUGUGUCACUUUGUUAUUUAGCAUUGUAUGGGUUGAGCAAUGCUUACUGGGAAGCAGUUGUAUCAGUUUGGUAUAAUUUCAUUGGAAAGGUGCUGGACUUCCAAUACACUACCGGAUUGAGCUCGGCCAAUAAAGGUUUAUGAUCGGCGGAGUUCCACUUCAGAUGUUCAGGAGUAGCAGCUGCCUAAACACAGGCACGCUUGCUGUGAUACGUCUCAUCUUGGUUUCGGUUUGCAAAUUUCUAGCAUGCAUAUUGUAUAUUAGUGUAUAUUAUGGCGUCUCCGACUGAUGAUAGAUUCGUCACUUCAGCACUUGAGUGGUGAGAGCCGAACAGUUUGAUGACGGGCAUGUGAUUCUGCAUCUAGGCUCCUUCUGCAGUGUCCAGCUAGCCUCAGACCAGUGCCAUAGUGGGCUCCCACAGAUACACAGAGGCCUGUCGUCUAAUGACUGAGCUCAGCUUUUUUUUUUCCUUUCCUUUUUUAAAUCUCUCCUCACCUCGCCUGACUUCUGUCUUUUUUCCUGAGGUGGUUUUAGAACACUGUACAGCUUUGAAACUCAAAACCUGUUUAAGAACGAGACGCUUAAUCACGACUUUUCGGUGAAAGUAAUGUACAUACCCUUCUUGAUUUUAGAAAAACAAAACAAAUUAUGUAAUGACUUAUGUUUUACCAGCUGUCUGAAAGGUAUAUUAUUGUUUUUAUUGGACUUCUUAAAUGUUGCACAGUCAGUUGAGCAAUUAAACACAUUUCAGCUUUAACGGUGAUUUUUGCUGAUAUUUAUUACGUUUUUGAUUUUUAAUGCUGUGGUUAUGGGUUUGUCAUGAUUUAGCUCUUGUUGAGGUCCAGCUGUGUGUAUGUGUGUGUGUGUGUGUGUGUGUUUGAUAUACUGAGGGAUGUUUGCAGAUCAGUUGUGCUGAUAUUUCUGUGCCAGAUGACGCGGUAUUGCAACUUUGCUGUAUUCUUUUUCUGUUGUGGUUUCCCACUGAUGUCGUUUUGAAUUUAUCUGGUUGUUUGUUGAUGUUUUUACUCAAGAAUUGCUUUUAUCGAUGUUGAGAUUCUUCUCUUGUUGGGGAUUUUGUUUUCCUUUUCUCUCUUCUUUUACCUCUCAUUAAGUUUUAGCGUUACUAUUUUACUGUCAUUGUCAAUGUCCUAACUGGGAAUUUUUCUUUUGCACCAAGAUUAGUAUUUUUGUCCUUUUGGUUGGUGCAAAAAUAAAUAUUACUUUGAAAUAUC